GAGCUCAACCAUCAUGUCCACAUCCGAGAAGACGCACAUUUUCAUAACAGGUGUUACUGGUUACAUUGGCGGAUCUGUUUUGUCCGCAUUGUUGUCCCACCCUAGGGCGAAAUCAUUUCAGAUAACUGUUCUCACUCGCUCCCCCGAAAAGGUCGUGCCGCUCAAUAGCCUUGGAGUCGUAGCUAUCGUCGGCUCGAACCAAGAUCUUGACAAGCUGACAGAAUAUGCCAGGAACUCUGACGUGGUCUUUGCCUGUGCUGACUCCGAUGACCUUCAGGCAGCCAAAGCAAUCCUGUUAGGAUUGAAAAAGAGAUACGACGAAACUGGCAAGGUCCCUAUUCUCAUCCACACCUCUGGAACCGGUGUUCUUGCAGACAAUGCCGCAGGAGAUUAUGCUACUAAUAAAGUCUAUUCGGAUCUUGACAUCCCGUUGAUCGAGACACUACCAAAGACGCAACCUCAUCGUGAAGUUGACAUCGAAGUCGUCGCUGCUGAUGAAAAAGGUUACGUGCGGACAUAUAUCGUUUUGCCUUCGACGAUCUAUGGAAUCGCGAAUACAUCAUUGGUCAAACUCGGCAUUCAGAAUCCGUACUCUAUACAAAUCCCUAGUCUCGUCAAAGCCAGCAUUGACAGAAAACAGGGCGGAGUCGUCGGAAAAGGGUUGAAUCUAUGGCCUAACGUCCACAUCAGUGACAUAGCGACUUUGUACAUCACCAUUUUCGAUGCUGCCAUCAGAGGGCCAGGUGAAGCAGGUCAUGGCCGUGAGGGUUUCUAUUUUGGCGAAAAUGGAGAGCAUCGUGUGGGCAGGAUCUCUGAAGUCCUCGCGGAGUUGUUGUUUGAGGCAAAGAUGGGCAAAAGUCCUGAGCCUACGGUUUUCACAGAGGAUGAGUUGCAGAAGUAUUUCGGGGGCCCAGGGCUUGGAUCGAACUCCCGUGCUCGGGCAGACCGAUCUAAAUCGAUUGGCUGGAAGCCAGUACACACUGUCGAUAGCCUUUGGGCGAGUCUCAAGCCAGAGAUCGAGGCGAUCGCAGAGAUCCAAAACCACUAAGUUGCGAAUCACAGAAAUUCAGGCCUCAGGAUUUGUAUGGACGCAAUUCUUACCACCAAGUAAUAAGUCGUGUCCCUUGUACUUGUAUAAAUCUUUGUAUGAAUACGUGUUCAGGAAUCACCGGAU